GACCCUCGACGUCGUAGCAACCGCAGACCGAUUCUCCUCAUGGAGCUGAUGGAGCACAGCCUCACUGACUUCCUAGAGAGCCGACAGAGAGCUCUCUCCUAUCAUGUCCAGGUUAACAUCACCUACGACAUCACUCUGGCCCUCGAUUACCUUCACGGCAACGGUAUUCAGCACCGCGACCUUUCCAGCAACAACAUUCUUCUCACUGCUGGUUCCCGGGCCAAGCUGACCGACUUUGGCAUGUCCAAGAUGGUCGACCUCAACCCUCGCAUGAGCAGAAACAAUAAGCUCACAGAAUGUCCAGGUACACUUGCCUACAUGCCUCCCGAGGCACUGGUCAAAGGACCAGCUUAUUCCGACAAGAUUGACAUGUUCUCCACUGGAGUACUCAUCGUUCAAAUCAUCACUCGCCAUUACCCAAAUCCAACCGAUCCCCACAAUCACGUACACGAUCCCAAUUAUUCGGUUCCGAUUCUUGUUCCUGUCCCAGAGCUAGAGCGUCGAAAAAGUGACCUCCAAGAGUAUUUCUGACACACCCACUUCGAUCACUUGCCUUGGAGUGCCUCGAAAGACAGGAAAGAGAAAGGCCUCACUGCAGGCAACCUCUGCCGGAGACUGGCACAACUGAGGUCAACUCCAGAGUAUGGAGAGAGCAAGUGCCAGUACACAACAGGUUGGUGGAACUACCACCAACCCCCUUCAGCACUGGGGAUGAGGGACACGGAGAUAGCAGUGUCUGGAUGGACACAUUGAAGCUCUCAAUCGGAGAAGAGAAGGUCCUGGGGAGGAUCUUCCUGAAGAAACCGAGAGAAACACUUUGACGAGGAGAUAGCAGAGCUCCACACAAAGAAGCAGCCUCUGGUCGCAGAGAAAGAGAGGGAAGAGGAGGAGGAACGAAGGAAAGCAGAGUACAAAAACGAAAAUGAUCGUUUGAUGAAAAGAGUUGAUGACUUAGAGACAGAAAAUGCAGAGGUGCUCUCAAAAAAUGCUAGCUCAAGAGGUACAUUGAAGAACUGGAGAGGGAAAAGCUGUGGCCUCAUCAGAAAAGCUGACCUUCAAGAGAAGCUUACAGAAUUGAAGCAGAUCAUCCAAGCACAUCUGCAGCAAACCAGUACCACGGAAGAAGGGAAUAGUUCAAAAGCACGAAGAAAUCUUAAGCGGUGGGUCUCUCUUCCUUCACUGAAGUUGGGAGAAGGUGAAGAAGAUGAAGGGUUAAAGGUUGCAGGGCAAGUUAUGUUGAGUGCAAAGUGUUACGUCUCAACCUCAGUGAGGUCUACCAGUACCUCAAUGCCAAGUCCAUACUCCAUGAGAUGGUGGAGAGGAAAGCUCAUCACAUCACAAGAGAAGGGAAACGCAGAGGCAUACAGCUCUACAUAUGCACAGAAUAUUUCAGCUGGAGUUGCCCUGUUUAAUACAGGAGAGCCCACCCACAUUUGCACUAGAUCUGUGCAAUAUUCUAGAGGCCACUGACUGCCCAGAACAGAGAAAAUUGGCAAUAAAGCUUAGAUCAGACCAUAAUAACAUCAGUGCAGUAAAGAAGAAACACAGGUUUUACCCACCACCUACCGUCACUCCACAAUCAGAGCUGAAAGUAUCAGAUCUCCAGAGUCAGUUCUUACAGACACUGGCAGCAGUGAUGGAGGCAUUUGAGCAGCUUCCUGACUCCCUCUCUCGUCUGAAACAGUUCUUCAGUCAGCUGGUCCUGCCAAUGGGAGAGGAAAAGUCCGUCCCGAUAGUCAAACCCCAGCACAUAUGAGAAUGCUGCCUCAACAGAAGAGGUGUUCAGAUGUCAGUCUAGUCUCUGGAACUGCUUCAGUCCCCACCUCCUCAUGAUGAUGUCAGAGGAGUGUCAGUGUCCUCCAGCCAUUGAAGCAGUGGAGCAGUUCCUACAGUUUCGCAGCAAGUGUGCCUCUUCCCUGAUUUGUCGACGGACAA